AUGCGGCUCCCCAUCGCAUUACAUCUGGCCGCCCUCCUCCCACCUGCCCUCUCCCUUCCACCAUCGACCCUCGCUGUCAUCGCCCGCACCGACUUCGACUACAUCAUCGUCGGCGGCGGGCCCUCCGGACUCACGCUCGCCAACCGGCUCUCCGCGGACCCCCGCAAGCAAGUCCUCGUGCUUGAGGCAGGCCAGUCUCGGCUCGGCGACCCGCUCAUCGACGUCCCCGGCUUCCUCGGCAGCACGGUUGGGAACGCAUCGUACGACUGGCUCUUCCGGACGGUCCCGCAGGCACAUGCCAACGGAAAUCGAUUCGUGAUGGACCGCGGAAAGGUGCUGGGCGGGUCAACGGCGAUCAACUUCAUGGCCUGGGGUCGGCCAGCAAAGGGCGAGAUCGACGGUGCGCGGCCCGGUGAAGAAGGGCUAUGCUGUCCAAGCGAGGACAGCGAUGGGGCCGAGGUCGUAUCGAGAUAUGCGCUGGUGGUGGAGUAG